AUGGAUAACCAAUGCCACUGUUCCACCAACAGCGAAAGGUUUUCAAAUCCGAUCCUCUACAACAUCCUCAGCCAAAUGGAUAGCGGCAAACGCAGUGCGGGCAGCCUCGGUUACGGCGCCGUGCCUCACAGAUGCAGCUGUGAGGUGCGACGGACAGUGUGCCUGAGGAGGCCUGAGGAGAUCUGCAAAGAAGCGUCGGCCGUGCUGGUCAAAACUCUCCACUUCAUGAAGAACUUGCCCGCCUUUAAGCAGCUGCCGCCGAACGACCAGUUCACGCUGCUGAGGAGCUGCUGGGCACCGCUCUUCAUACUGGGUCUGGCCCAGGAGCACGUGGAUUUCGAGGUGACGGACAUCCCGGCCGACAGCAUGCUGAAGAAGAUCCUCCUGAACCGCCAGGGGAGGCCCGAGCUGGAGAGAGAGCAGCCCACCAUGGCCGGCGUCGGCAAGCUCAAGUCAUGCCUCAAGAAGUUUUGGAGUUUGGAUUUGAGCCCAAAGGAAUAUGCGUACCUGAAGGGGACCACGAUAUUUAACCCAGAUGUACCGGAUUUAAAGGCAGGCAUCUUCGUUGAAGGCUUGCAGCAGGAGGCCCAGCACGCCCUGAGCGAGGUGGUCCAGCUCCUCCACCCGGGGAAUCAGGAGCGUUUCGCUCGGAUCCUGGUCACAGCCUCCAUGCUGCAGAGCAUCACGCCCAGCCUCAUCAUUGAACUCUUCUUUCGGCCAGUCAUAGGCCAGGCUGAUCUUUUGGAGCUGUUGGUCGACAUGUUAUUCUGCAGAUAA